AAAGUUAAAGUUUGAUGCAACAUGCCUGCCAAACAUGUCGUCGUGUAAUUGAAUCUUGCAGCAUUUCGCGAGGACGUUGAUCAACGGCGGUAAACGAGACGAAGUGGCAGAAGAAAACUACGUCGAUAUGUUCUUCCAGGCGAAAAAGGGUUGGGUGCGCUACUUGCGAUAAAUAGCCUCCGGUGUCGCUUCCGAUCAUCGAUUUACAUUUAGAGUGAGGAACAGAAGCCGGACGGGUCGACAAGAUGCCGCUGACGGAGUUUUUUGACAAGAUGGAGGAACUGCGGCGCAUGCGCGCGCCACUGCUUCCGGACGAGAAAAGCAACAUGGAGAAGAUUUUCCUCUCCAAAGCCCGCUUGCAUCCGCGCACCGGCAAGCCCGCCGUCCACAAGACAGAACUAGAGCUGCUGCGCACGGAGUUCCGACAGGAGCUCGAUUUGGACAAGAGACUCCUUUUCGAGAAAUAUGCUGAGGUUUUGAAGCUGAACCAAGUCGACCUGAUCGAGAAGAUAAAAAGCGGCGCGGGUGGUCUAGUUGAUAUACCUUCAUCUGCUCCCGACCACGAGCGUGGAUAUGGCACGAAGACAGGCGCCGAUAAUUACAGAAUAAAAGGCGAACUCCACGACGAUAUAGAGGUACGGGUGCCGGAGCUGUUAGCGAACGACCGCGUCCCCGAGGACAGUGCGACCCGGGAGAUGGAAAGCAUCGCACUAUUCAACGCCGAACAGUUCAACAGUGCGUCAUUGCUAAACAAUAGUAGCAGAAACGAGGAGAGCACAACCGCGAGCGGAACGGCGCAGCUGCCGAAUUAUAGUAAGUUUGACGCCGCUACGACACCCGGCGCGGCCUCCGGGACAAUGGCGGACCAGGACCUGAGCAACGACCAGAAUAAUUUUGGCGAGGAGGGACCAAUAUUAGGGCAAGACCACGGGGAAACAGGUGGAGGUCAAGAACUCGUCCACAAGCGACCUACGUUAUCGAGGAAAUCGAGCCUGCAGAUCGUGAAUCCGCAGAAAGACUUGGACCACCAGAUGGAAAUUUCCCACCCGCAGAACACGAUGGCCACGCUGCGCGAGGCCUCGAUUCGGGACGCGGACGCGCUCUACGAAAUGGUCUCCGAUGGCCGCGUGAACGGCGUAGAUUUGUUGUACGAGCUUUCCUUGCUGAAAAUCAAGGAAAUCAACAAGAACUGCGACCACCCCGAGGAGCGGAAUUUGCUCUCCGUCGAGAGCUUCUUCGACUCCAGCGUGAAUUUACUCCCCGACUGGCGGAAACGCAACGAGAAGAAGAUUCAACUGUUGAUGAUUUCGCUCUACCUGCUCGCGUCCCCGGCCUUCUACUGCGCCUACGACCUGGAGGGGGUGUGCAAGCCACCAGAAGAGGACGGGGUGGGCGGGUCGGGGUACCUGAAGAGCAUCUACUUUGUGUCCGCCACGCUGUCCACCGUCGGGUUCGGGGACGUCACGCCCGCUUCCGAUGGCGCGAAAGUGUUCACCAUCCUCUACAUCUUCGUCGGGCUCGCGCUCAUCUUGGGUGUCAUCAUCGACGUGUUGGCGGAGGCGCUGGAGUCCUACGGGCUGCAGCUAGAAAAGGUCGAAAAGAUAAAAAGGAAAAACAUGCUCAAGGAGAAACAGGUAGUAUAAGAUAUCAUUUCAUCAAUCUUCCGAUUGAACAAUGAAUUAGUACUCAUGUUUGUAGUUCUUGAAAGGAGGUCUUACCUGAUCGUCUUCGUGUUCUCUCACAACGACAGGAAAUAAAGAGUCGUUUUUUUAAAAACAUGACAGUGGUUCAGUGGUAAGGCACAGUACAACUAUUGAUUUGAGUAUUGUUGUAUGAGUUCUUACCGAUGAACGAUUUAGAUCUACGAAUCGAAACACAUAACAGAAUAAGAAGAAAGGGCUGCACUCUUUCGAUGCCAAGCAUUCUGUGAACAACGAGCACUCGGUGCACGACCCAGUAGCAGCUCCACCAUCCUCUCCGCCAUUGCAGCACGACGUGGAGUCUGGCGCCAAGCCGGUGGUGGACGCGUCGGGGAUCCCGACCAAGCGGGAACAGGCCAUGACGGCGCGCGAGCGCGCGCUGCUGGAGAAGGAGCGGCUGGAGGAACAGAUGUUUUUUCGCAUCGAGAACUCGUGGGCGUCCGUGGCGUACCGGAAGUUGACGCACGUCGUUCUGGGCAUAUUACCGGACAGCCUCGAGCGGUGGCUGGACGCCAAGCUGAUUGGCACGGGCCAGUUGGAGCGGGAGCUCUCCUUCGUGGUCUACCGCAAACUGUUCGAGACCUUUUUGAUGAUUGUAAUCCCAGCCGUCUUCGGGGCGAUCGUGGUCGGCAGCAUCGAGGGGUGGAACGCCCUGGACUCUUUAUACUGGGCCGUGAUCGCCGUUACCACGGUCGGGUACGGCGACAAGAGUCUGGAGAACUGGCUCAGUCGCUCGUUCUGCGUGUUUUACCUGCUGAUCUCCACCGCCAUGGUGUCUGCCGCGCUGGGCAACCUCGCCUCCAUGCACAUGUUAAAGCAAAAAAAACGGCGGGAGUUCGAGUUUGAGCAGCGGAAACUGACGCCGGAGAUGAUGGCGGAGAUGGACACGGACGGGAACGGAGUCGACCAGUUCGAGUUUUGCCUCGCGACCCUGGUUGCCAUGGAAAAGCUCUCCCGCGAGGACCUGCAACCCAUACUGGAAAAGUUCCACGAGCUGGACCACGACAAGUCGGGCGUGCUCACCAAACAGGACCUGCUGCUCGCAGCGGAGGGCGAGGGGGACGUCGAGACCGCAGACGUGGUCAUGCUUCAUCACGAACACAACGCUGCGGCAAAAGCCACAGGGAUGGGCAUGCAGUCCUCGCCGGGUGGAGGUCCUCGCGGACCAGGUGGCAGCAGUGGGGGUCCCGGAAUGAAGAUGCCAUGAUCUUCACUUUUGGUAAGCUAUCACGAGAAGAAGUAAGUAACCGCAUUAGGCUUGUUCUCAUUUCGUGAUGGUAUUGAAUUGACAAUAUUGCCAUUCCAAAAGAUGCACAAAGAUCCCAUGCUGGCCUUAUAACAAACUAAUGUGUACCCAUGAUGUUCUCUCCCUCAUCAGUUCGAAUUUGAAAGAUAUACUUCUACUUGACAUUUGUUAAGUACGUACUGAGGCGAACUGCGUUUUGCUCGCAAAUGCGCAUUUUAGAUACACGCAUGGACUUUCGGUGGGGAAGCUUUUCUGUGAAAGUUAUUGAGAAGGCGGACCGUAGCACCAUUCCAGAUGUUUUUAUACAUGCACUCAGCCAUUUGUAUAGCUUUGUGCAGAUGUUGAUCUUCAGGCGUAGUAGUCGACUGCGUUCUAGUUUUUAGUUUCGAU